AUGCUGAUGCGCCCCACGGGCCAACAACUGCGUGGUGCGACUACAGUCCAAGAAGCAGGCUUGCACGCUGGAGACGUCUUGGUGCUGCACAGGUCAGCGGCACACCUGGGAUUCCAAUUCAAGCGGUGGUUGUUUAACUUCGAGGCAAGUGCUGGCUUUCAGAAGCAGGCGCUGUGCAGCCAGGAUGCCUUUCCGCAGCUUCAGGCGCUGGCUGCGCUGUUUCUCCUGCUUGGCGGUCUCCGGGGCCUCUCCCUCGCCGGUGUGUCGCCGACCCGGGCAGCCCCCGAGACGAAGCCAGGCCUGCCGGCGAGGCCCCCACGCGCGGCCGAGCGGCAAGCAGGCCCCAGCAAAGAGAAGGAGCCUCUUCCCGAUCCGUUCUUUCCCGCGACGGUUCUGGAGUCCCAGAAGUACUCCCCCCACUUCCUGGUCAAGCAGCGGCGGUGGUGCCUCGCAGCCUCAGAAAAUGCGGACGCCCUUCUGCAGCUCGUGGCGCGCCAGGCGCCAGAGAAUCAGAGAGGGAAGCCCAAGGCGGACGCAAAGAGGAGGGAGAAGGCGCCCCAGCGCGAGCCCGUCCCCUUCGACCCAGUGCCGAAGGAGGCGCCUCCCAGGACGGCGGCGGCCGAGCCGUCCCAGCACCGGCGGCACAGUGAUGCCUCGGAGGCCACCCAGACUUCGCAGGCGUCACAAGGCGCGCCAGCUGGCGGCGAAGAGGCGGGUGCCUGCAACGAGGAGCCCCCCAAGGAUGCCAAGGAGGACCCGAAGAGUCCGGAAAAGGAUGGUCUGUCAUCGCUCCUCGAGAGUGCGAAGCGCAUGGUUACCACCGACGAGGUUGCGCCAGGCCCUCCCGGGACCGGCCCCGAUGCCGAGGACGACGUGUGGGAGGUUGAGGGCUUCCUGGGCCUGCUUUUUUGCAGUUCCGCCGCUUUGAACAAGAGUUCCCGGCGUGGGUCUCGCGCGAUGGCCAUGGCCCGGCUGCGCGCGCUGCUGCCCUUGCUUCCAGCCGUUUGGGCUGGGCCGAGUUUCUUGGCUGUGGGCGACUGGGGCGGUCACAGUGACCAUCAUCCCACAACCCAUGGACAGGUCGAAGCCGCCGCUGGCAUGGCCAAGGUCGCCAAGGACAAGGGUGCCGAAAUGGUUCUCCUGCUUGGCGACAACUUCUACGACCACGGCGUGCAGAGCACAAACUCACCGCGGUUUAGCGAAACCUUCGAGGAGGUUUACUGCAAGGGAGACCUGCCGGACCUCCCCUUCUGGGUGGUGGCAGGCAACCACGACCACCGUGGCAACGUGUCGGCGCAGCUCGCGUACUCACGGGACUCCAGGCAGUGGAACUUUCCCUCCCUGUACUACAACCUCACCUACGACUGGAAGGCCAGCACGGGCGCCCCACGGACCCUGGAGCUGCUGAUGCUGGACACGAUACUCCUGGCAGGUCCCAGCGAUGACAGCUGCCUGGGCUGUGAAUUGCCCGGGCCUCACAGCACAGUGCAUGCGGAGGCUGAGUGGCAAUGGCUCGCAGAGAAGCUGAAUUCCAGCACGGCCGACUUCCUCUGGGUGGCCGGGCACUAUCCCAUCUACAGCGCAGGCUCGGACGGCACAACUCGUGUGUUGGUGCAGAAACUGCUCCCCCUGCUCCGGGCGCACGGUGCGCACUACUUGAGUGGCCACGACCACAUGCUGGAGCACAUCGUGGUGGAUGGGGUGGAGAUGUUCCUCUCCGGCAUGGGCAAAGAGUGCUGCUAUGGCACAGAGAUGAUUCACACUGUCCCGGAAGGCGCCAUCCGCUACCUGCUCUCAGGGGACCACGGGCGAGGACCCGGCAUCGGCCCAAAGCCGCAAGGUUCCGUGCAUGGCGGCUUUGCGUCCCUGCAAUUCGGGGAUGACGACGUGGAGGUGACGUAUCACGACCAGAACGGCGACAAACUCUACGGAGUCCGUGUCGCUGCUCGUUCGGGCGCGAGGGCGCCCGAGGAGAUCGUGGUGUAG